CAGUAUGGUUACGAUGAAUUUGAGCAGUUCGGGUUCGGCCUACAAAACCCAAACCGUGGGUUCGUGGAAAUGUACCGUUGUUACCCGGUUGUUAUGAUGCAAGGAAACGAAAGACAGAACGUGAACUUCGGAGGGAAAAUCAUUUUACCACCUUCUGCGCUAGCAAAAUUAGCCAGCUUGAAUAUUGUUUAUCCUAUGUUGUUUGAGUUACGAAAUAAUGUAAAGCAGAGUCAUUCGCAUGCUGGAGUGCUCGAAUUCAUUGCAGAAGAGGGUCGUGUAUAUUUACCCUUCUGGAUGAUGCAAACUCUAUUAUUGGAAGAGGGAGAUCUUAUCGAAAUAAAAAAUGCAUCAUUGCCCUUGGGCAGCUAUGUCAAGAUUCAACCACAAACUGUUGAUUUUUUGGACAUUAGUGAUCCGAAAGCUGUACUUGAAAAUGCGUUACGUAAUUUCUCCACUUUAACACAAGGCGAUAUCAUCCAAAUUAAUUAUAAUAAUAAGAUUUACGAAAUCCUAGUAUUGGAGGUAAAACCUUUGAACAAUGGUAUCUCUAUUGUAGAAACAGAUUUAGAGGUCGACUUUGCACCACCAGUAGGAUAUGUCGAAAAACCGCAACCAAAAAAUACUAUGGCGAACAAGAUCAAGAUAGAGGAACCAUCAAUCGAAUCUACAGGAUGGUCUGCAUUUCGAGGUAGUGGGCAACGUUUGAAUGGAAAGGCAGUGAAGGCAGCAUCGUCUGCUUCAACUUCAAAUUCCAGUGCAAAUUCAAGUAUAGAUGAUUUAAAUGAAAAUAUACCAGCUCCCCUAAAUUUGCCGUUCGGAAAGUUAUUCUUUGGUUAUAAAGUCGUACCUUUUGGUGAAAAAAAGCAAGGAAUAGCGGAUGAUUCUGUGCCGUUAUUUCCCGGAGAAGGGCAAACUUUACGACCUCCUAGAUAG